UUGUCUGCCGCGUCGCGUCGCCUCGCCAGCUGUGUGGGUGUUUUCAGUGUUCCUUGGUGCCCGUGUAUCUGUAUCUGUGCCAGUAACAUCUAUCUGUAUCUGUAUCUCGAACUGAAACUGUAUCUCAAGCCGCAGCUGUAUCUGACUUUGACUGAGCAUUGAGCCGAACAGCCGUCGGUCAAACUAUGAGCGCCAAUUCAAAUGCGGAGCGCGCCAAGCCCGUGGAGACCCUAGUCCUGGCCAACUAUGCACUGAAGGCGGAGCAAAAGCGCGCCGCCGGCCAGGGUGGUCGCAAGGAGGACGAGCGCAUCACCAGCGCGGUGAUGAAGGUGCUGGAGGGUUAUGACUGGAAUCUGGUGCAGGCAUCCGCCAAAGCACCCUCCGAUCGCAAAAAGGAGCACAUCAAGCGUCCCAUGAAUGCGUUCAUGGUCUGGGCCCAGGCAGCACGUCGCGUCAUGUCCAAACAAUAUCCGCACCUGCAAAACUCCGAGCUGAGCAAAUCCCUGGGCAAACUGUGGAAAAAUCUGAAGGAUAGCGAUAAGAAGCCAUUCAUGGAAUUUGCGGAGAAGCUGCGCAUGACGCACAAGCAGGAGCAUCCCGACUAUAAAUAUCAGCCGCGGCGCAAAAAGGCGCGCAUCAUGCCACAAGCUGAGGCAACAAUGACCGCAGCAACAGUUGCUGCCACGCCAGCAACAGCAACGACCGCAGCAACAUCAGCAGCAACCACUUCAACUGCGCGACGCAGUUCCACUAGCCAUGCCUCCCAGCGUCGCUCCGGUAAAGCGCAUAACAAUUCCUCGAGCAGUGUUGGCGGCAGCCUAGGACCUAACAAUAGCACCACCAAUAGCACCACCCACAGCAGCUCCAGUCCUGAUGUCUUCAGCAAUGAGGCGUUCAUGAAGUCGCUGAACAGCGCCUGCGCGGCCAGCCUGCUGGAGCAGGGUCUGGCUUUGGGCAGCGAAACGGAACGCGGAAUGCUGGACUCGCCCUGCUCGACGGCCAGUUCUCUUUCAUCGCUAACACCACCUGCCACGCCAUAUACAGGCGUUGCCAAGCAGCCAACUGGCAUGCUGCACAAUUCCAGCUUGCUGCUGCGCCAGCUGAGCGAGCCGAGCAGCGCGACAAUUCCCGGCAGCAAUGACUACGGCGUGCUGCUCGACGCAGGCCGGGAGUACAUAGCGCUGGGUGAGCUCAACUACAAUGGUGGCCAAAAUGGUGUAGGCGUGGGCGUGGGUGUGGGCGCUUCCGUGCAGGAGUUGGAUUUUCUAGAGAACAUGAACGGCUAUGGAUAUGCCCAGCGUGCCAGCUACAGCAGCUACAAUGGCUACAAUGGAGCCGCAACUGCAAAUGGCAAUUUUACAGCUGCUGCAGCUGCUGCUGCUGCUGCAGCAUCGUCACACGCCAAUGGAGCGCUAAAUUACUUGAGCAAGCCGGCGGCGGCGGCUGUCGACAUUGAUCCCAAGGAAAUCGACCAGUAUCUUAUGGAUCAAAUGCUGCCACUAACGCAACAGCAUGUGCCCGCCGGCGCAGUGGCCGCUGCCGCACACUCGCCGCCGCUCAACUCAUCCGCCUCGCUGUCCUCGGCCUGCUCCAGCGCCAGUUCCCAGCCGGUUGAGUGCCUGGCCUCGCCCAGCGCUUACUACGAGCACAUGAGCUACACGACGCAGGCACAGAAUGGCUCAGCUGGCUAUCCACACUAUCCGCCAGCCGUGCCGGACUCCCCACAACAACAGCAGCAGCAUCAGCAGGAGCUACAUUCCCAUCAGCAACAUGAGCAGCAGCAGCAGCAGCUGUCGCAGCAACAUCAUCUUUGGGGCACUUAUGUGAAUCCCUAAGCUACUUAAUUUGUGGACACUCGGCUGCUGCUGGCUGACCUUUAUGGCUCAGUACAUGGCUUUCGUUUAUUGGUUUAUUGUCUGUGGCAAUAUUGAGGUUAGGGUGUCCUGACGUUGUCUGUGGAUUCACUUGUCCAUGUUGUGCAAUUUAAGAUAAUCGCUGCGAUUUUCGUUUAUGGCCAAGUCGAUAGAUGCAGCUAUUCAAAUGCUUCAACUAGCCACUUAUGGUGCUGCACAAACGAUGCUCGAUAUUCAUAUAGAAAUUUACGAAUAUUCAACUUGCAAAUUGUAUGCAUUGUGCCACGGAAAAUGCGUUCGAAGAUAUGAUAGUUGGGCGAGAGAGGGCGAUAUUGAAAUACAAAUGGUAUUGGCUACCAUUUUCGCUAGCCAAAUUGGGGGUUGA